AUGAGUAUUACCGAGGACUAUUGGGCGCAAUUGGCCCCAUAUCAACAGAAUGUCCAAAAGGGGGAUCACGAAUUGAAUAAAAAGACAUAUCUUUUAAAGAAUACUGGUGCCCAAAACUUUAAUAUUCAGAACACAGUCAAGAGAUUUCAACAUCUUUUAAAAAUUAGUGGUUUGUUUAAGCAUUUUAUUGAGAGUAAAGCUGCAAAGGAUGAAAGAUUUAAGAAAGUAUUAGAUAUCUUGAAUGAAAAGGAGUUAGUACGGUCCUCAGAGGGAUCGAGUCAUAAGGAUGCAAGACAUAGAAAGAGUGAAAGAGAGGAAGAUGCUGAAUUGUUGAAAGAAGAAGAGGAUGAAGAUGAAGAUGAAAACUCUCAAUCUAUGUCAUCCAGGGAAUUUCAAUUUAGGGAAUCACCGAUAUAUAUCGAUGGUAGUUUAAGACCUUACCAAAUACAAGGUUUGAAUUGGUUGAUCUCUUUACAUAAGAGUGGACUUGCCGGUAUACUGGCAGAUGAAAUGGGUCUUGGUAAGACACUACAGACGAUAUCGUUUCUUGGAUAUUUAAGAUAUAUUGAAAAAAUACAGGGACCCUUCUUGGUUAUUGCUCCAAAAUCAACUUUAAAUAAUUGGCUUAGAGAAAUUAAUAAAUGGACACCAGAGGUAAAUGCUUUUAUUUUACAGGGUGAUAAAGAUGAAAGAGCUAAAUUGGUUUCGAAUACUUUAAUGGAAUGUAAAUUCGAUAUUGUAGUUGCAUCAUAUGAAAUUAUUAUUAGAGAAAAGGCUGCCUUUAGAAAAUUUGAUUGGCAAUAUAUUAUUAUUGAUGAAGCACAUAGAAUUAAGAAUGAGGAAUCAAUGUUAUCUCAAGUAUUGAGAGAAUUUACCUCUCGUAACAGAUUAUUGAUUACUGGUACACCAUUACAAAAUAAUUUACAUGAAUUAUGGGCUUUAUUGAAUUUCUUACUACCUGAUAUAUUUGCGGAUUCACAAGAUUUUGAUGAUUGGUUUUCCUCAGAGAGUACUGAGGAUGAGAAGGACAAAAUUGUAAAGCAAUUACAUACAGUCCUACAACCAUUCUUGUUAAGACGUAUUAAGAAUGAAGUUGAAACUUCGUUGCUUCCUAAACAAGAAUUGAAUCUAUAUGUAGGAAUGUCAUCAAUGCAAAAAAAAUGGUAUAGGAAAAUUUUAGAAAAGGAUCUUGAUGCUGUGAACGGUGCCAACGGUAAUAAAGAAUCAAAGACUCGAUUAUUAAAUAUCGUGAUGCAAUUAAGAAAAUGUUGCAAUCAUCCUUAUUUAUUUGAUGGUGCUGAACCUGGCCCACCUUACACCACUGAUGAACAUUUAGUUUUCAAUUCUGCUAAAUUGUUAGUAUUGGAUAAAUUAUUAAGAAGGUUAAAAGAGGAUGGGUCUCGUGUUUUAAUUUUCAGUCAAAUGUCAAGAGUAUUGGAUAUCCUAGAAGAUUAUUGUUACUUGAGAGAUUAUAACUAUUGUAGAAUCGACGGGUCCACAGCACAUGAGGAUAGAAUCGAAGCCAUCGAUGACUAUAACGCUCCUGAUUCUGAUAAAUUUAUCUUUUUAUUAACUACACGUGCGGGUGGUCUUGGUAUUAAUUUAACUUCAGCGGAUAUUGUUGUAUUGUUUGAUUCAGAUUGGAAUCCACAAGCUGAUUUGCAAGCUAUGGAUAGAGCACAUAGAAUUGGACAAAAAAAACAAGUUAAAGUGUUUAGAUUUGUCACAGAUAAUUCUGUGGAGGAGAAAAUCUUGGAAAGAGCCACUCAAAAACUAAGAUUAGAUCAAUUGGUCAUUCAACAAAAUAAACCUUUAUCAAAGAAAAAGGAUAAAAAUAAUGGUAAAGAUGCAUUAUUGUCCAUGAUUCAACAUGGUGCUGCAGAUGUAUUUGAAACUGAAAGUAAUGAAUCUAGUAAUACAGGUACGCCUGCACCAGGUACUAUUAAAUCGGAAGCAUCAAAACAGCAUGAGGUAAACCUUGAUGAGUUGUUGGCAAAAUCUGAGACAAAGACAGAAUCCUUAAAUAGUAAAUACGAAUCUCUUGGAUUAGAUGAUUUACAAAAAUUUAAUCAAGAAUCUGCAUAUGAGUGGAACGGUGUUGAUUUUAAGAAAAAGACUCAAAACAAAGUAAUCAAACCAUUAUGGAUUAAUCCAACAAAACGUGAACGUAAAGAAAAUUAUUCUGUGGAUGGUUAUUAUAAGGAUGUUAUGAAUACUGGUAGAUCUAAUACGCCUACUCAUACUAGAAUGCCUAGAUUACACUAUUUUGCAUCACAUCAAUUUCAAUCACCACAAUUGAGAGUUCUGUAUGAGAAGGAUCGUAUGUGGGUUGCAAAGAAAGCUGGUUAUAAAGCAGUCGUUGAUGAUUUGAAGGCUGUCCUUGGUGAUUCAUACAAUGGUAAAGAUAGCGACGAUAUUAAAACUCAAAAGUUGCAAUUGUUACAACUGACGAUUGAUAAUGCAGAACCACUAACAGAAGAAGAAACUGAAUUGAAAGAGCAAUUGGAACAAGAAGGUUUUACAAAUUGGAAUAAGAUUGAAUUUAGAAAAUUUGUAUCAUUGAAUGGUAAAUAUGGUAGAAAAUCUAUUGAAUCUAUUGCAUCUGAGAUGAUUGCUACAAAGACUUUAGAGGAAGUACGUGAAUAUGCAGCUGCAUUUUGGUCACGUAUUGAAGAAAUAGAUGAUUAUGAAAAAUAUUUAAAUAUUAUUCAAACAGAUGAAGAAAAAAUUGAAAAAUUAAAAUUACAACAGGAAGCAUUACGUCGUAAAAUAGCACAAUGUGAAAAUCCAAUGUUUGAUCUUACUCUAGAACAUACACCUUCCAAAAAUUAUACUGAGGAAGAGGAUAGAUUUCUUUUGCUUAUGUUAUUUAAAUAUGGUUUAGAUCGUGAGGAUUUAUAUGAUGUGAUACGUCAAGAUAUUAAGACACAACCAUUAUUUGAAUUGGAUUAUAGUUUUAAACAAAAGACUGCAGCGGAAUUGUCACGUCGUGGUACCACAUUAUUACAAUGUCUAGAGAAAGAAUUUAAUUCUAAGAUUGUAAUGGAUGAAGAACUUCAAGAGAGACUUGUUGAAGAAGAUAUACUUGGCAAAAGAACGAGGGAAGAGAUGGUUGCUGCACGUCAACUUGAAUUAGAAGAAGAAAAUAAAAGGGUAAAAGUAGAGUAA